AUGGCUGCCAGACAUGUACUUAAUUUGACACCAUCAGCAAAUGCCAACAGAAUUCCAUAUGAAGAUUUUCAUCGCACAAUGGCUCAUGGCCUGGCAAAACAAUUGUGUGUCUUCAGCUGUCUCACAUGGGUCCACCUCCCAAGGAAAGAUCAUGCAGGCAAGCAUGGCAUGAGAGCAAUACCAGGAAUCAUGAUUGGUUAUGACAACAAGCAUAAGGGAUGGAAAUUCCACACUCCAGAACACAUGCCAUCUAUUCGAUGGAGUAACUCAGCUACAUUUCAUGAAGAUAAAGGCUGGCAUGAACGACCCAAAGAAAAGAGCCCACUGCAAAUCGGAUUUGAAAGUCUAGAGGCAGAGGGUACCAGAUCAGAGACCAUUGACCAUGAGCCCAUAUUGGAACCAGAGGAGAUCAACAUACAAGACCCAUCCUCACAUGCCUCCACUACACAACCCAUCGACACCAUCGAAGACAACCAAUCAGAAAUUGCCAUUGAAGACAUUAUUGGGGAGGCCAACAUGACCACCAUGAACCUUACACCAACAUUGAGGGAAGCACUUGACAGUGAUGAGGCUCAACAAUGGCAAGAAGCCAUAUGGAAGGAGUUAGAUGGGCUCAAAGCCAUGGGGACUUGGGAAAUUGUGGAUGUACUGCCAAACACCAAACUCGUUGACUCUAAAAUCGUCCUCUGCCUCAAACUGGAUGCUGAUGGGAUACCUGUCCGACAUAAAGCAAGACUUGUUGCACGAGGAUUCACACAAUGA